AUGUUUGUAAAAAGAAGAGGUGAAAAGUUCACAAUAUUGAUUGUUUAUGUCGAUGAUAUUGUGAUAACUAGCAACGACACAUAUGAGAUUGCAGAUGUUAAACAGAGACUUGCUUCUGAAUUUGAGAUGAAAGAGCUGGGAAAACUACAGUAUUUUCUUGGUAUUGAAGUCUCUAGAUAUUCGGGUUUGUUAGGAUAUAGACCUGCAGAUUCUCCAAUAGAAGCAAAUCAUAAGCUGUGUGGAGAUGUUGGUGGCAUUGACGAUAGACUUCAGUAUCAAAGAUUAGUUGGACGGCUCAUCUACCUCUCACACACAAGACCAGAUAUAGAAUAUACAGUGGGAGUUGUGAGUAGAUACAUGCAUGAUCCUAGUCAGCCUCAUUUGGACGAACUUUAUAUCAUAUUAAGGUAUCUAAAAGUUGCUCCUGAAAAGGAAGUGAUGUUUACUAAAAACAAUCAUCUCGGGGUUGAGAGUUAUACUGAUGAUGUAGAUUGGACUGGAUGUCUAGAUGAUAGACGUUCCACUUCAGGAUAUUGUACAUUUUUUGCAGGAAACUUAGAUACUUGGUGA